CGCCAACCCUUCUGCCAUUCACCACAGUAAAACACCCUCUUCACAAUGAUGUCAACUCUCUCGUCACCCUGUCCUUUGUUCUGCGUGAGGAAAUAUUCCACGAAAUACAUGCAAGACUAACGGAAAGCAACGAGGAAAUACAACAGUGUAUUGAGCCAGGAAGCCACCCCUCCAGCCCCCACAACAUACAACAACAACAACAUUCAAUUAUAGCAUCACGACAGGCAACCCACCUACAUUGCAAGGUUCCCGAAGAACAUGCGGUGAACAUGAAUGACAUCUCGGUGGGAGACGGUGUUGGAGACCCAGCCAGUGAGGAGAGUAUGGAUGUAUCAGAAACCAGCAACAGCAGUGGAACAUUAGCCAACCAAUCGCCACUUUCAGAUCACAUUCCCAACACCAUUUACAGUUUUGAACCUGGUGUUCGUGAUCCUCUACGAUUCCCUAUGCAGAACGGGCGGCUUGUAGGUGCAGCUGUGGAGGGUGGAAUCUCGCCUUUAGGAGGAGGGGGUGCUGCAGCUGCUGCAGCACCUCAUCGAGGACAUAAACCUUCCCCUUUCAAUCUCUCUCACCUUGAAUACACUCUCCCAGAUACUGAAAUUUAUGAGCCUGAAACAGUGGACUUCCCCAACUCGCCUACUGCUCUACGAUAUAUGGUACAUCCUGAUAAUGACUGUACUGGUGUGCGUUUGGCAGAAAGAGAGGAAACCACACAACCAUCUGUUACACCCACAGAAGAAGAGCGAUCCGUAUACACUGCUGUAGUCUCACCACCCACUGGUCAGGUCACUCUCAGGAAAGAACGUCCAUCCAGCCUUGAGGUAAAUCGCAAAAAACGUCUUACAGUGACUGAAGAAUUACUAACUGUGGCAGUUGAUGAUGACCAGCACUCCAUAUCUUCUCUCAGUCUACACAGUGAUGAUGAUGAUGAUGAUGCUCAGAUGCUCUCUCAUGAUGAAUUUACAGACAUGCUCACACCAGAUGACAUUGAUACUCCAGAUGAGUUGGAAGAGUCCAUAAUGGAAAGACUUGGACCUCAGCCCAGGAUAGACCCACUGCCUGAAUACACAGCAACACAGGAAGCCACUGAAGAAAGGUCAUGGCGAUCUGUGGUCAUCUCUGGGAUUGAGAGACGAAUUGAUAUGAAAGUAAUUGAGCCAUAUAAGAAGGUGCUAAGUCAUGGAGGUUAUCUCUCUGGAAGCAAUGAAGCCGUCAUAGUCUUUUCUGCAUGUUUCUUACCCGACAGGUCACGCAAAGAUUAUGAUUAUGUUAUGGACAAUCUUUUCAUGUAUGUAUUAACGACUCUAGACCAACUGAUUGCCGAAGACUAUGUUUUGGUCUACCUACAUGGUGCCACAACACGAGGAAACAUGCCAUCAUUUGCGUGGCUCAAACGAUGUUAUCAGAUGAUUGAUCGACGGCUACGUAAAAACUUACAAGGCCUGUACUUAGUCCAUCCUACAUUUUGGGUCAAGACAGUAGUAGUUAUGACAAGACCCUUUGUGAGUGCAAAGUUUGCCCGAAAGCUAAGAUUUGUGAACAGCUUGAAGGAACUGUCCAGUCUCAUCCCCAUGGACCAAGUGUGCAUCCCUGACCGUGUCAAACAGUACGAUGAAAUACGAGAAAGUUUACUUGAAAAGGCAUGAGUAGUUCAGAUGAGACAUUUAUGGAAGAUUUCUAUCCUGUUGUGGUAUAUGGUAUUUAUAAGAUCUACCUGGCCAAUACUCUUCAGCAAUGCACAGCUACUGUAGCAAUUAAGGAGCAACCCAAAGACUUGGGAACCUGUUCUACUUAAGCAUAUAUCAGCAGUUGGAUUUCCAUUUUGUGUGUUGCCAACUCUAUUGUAAGGUUAAAGUGCAGAGAGAACUAUACAAAAUAAGAAAAAUAUAUCUAUAAUACUUGUACAGUACUGUGAAUAUAAAACACAACUUGAGAAGUAAUCUGAAAUUAGUUAUUAAAGUGUUGCAUCGAAAAUACAUGUACUAAAGACUUGUAGAAGUAUACAGUACUCAUUUCUCAUGCUUCAGAUCAAAUUGUUGUCCUUACACUAAAGGUUGGGAUUCUAUGACAAAUCAACCAUUUAUUCAUGGCGAGUCGGUUCUUGUCAGAGCACAAAAUGGACAAUGUUAAAGUCUCUAGCAGCUGAAGCUUUAUGGAUCAUUUAGGACAAGUGUUAUAAUGGUGGUGCUCAUGUGUGCAUUAUUUAAAUUUAUAUUUGUUAUAAUAAAAAGAAGUCUCUUAUUCUUGGGUAAUGAGAGACUAAUGUGAAUUGGUCUGUGGAUGUAAUGUACCCCACCAAAAAACCUGUCAAAUAGUUAUCUGUUAAUAUAAAAAUAUGUAGAGACGUGGUUUGUCUCGUACAUGUUGAAUGUGCUGUAAAUUAGAAUGUUGAACUCUGCAGAUAGAAAUGGCUUUUUCCAACACAGAUACAUGCUGCAUACUUGUGGGCUCAACAACAUUGAUUACAUAAUUAUGUAAAUGUUAUUACUAUGUAUACAGUACAUAAAAGUAAAUAUAUACACAUAUAUUCAGAUAUGAAAUUUAUAACAAUUUCUUAUAAUGUGGAGAACAGAAGUUCCUACUGGUAGAAAAUGGCAAGCAGACACCAAGUGACAUUCAGAAAUAGAUCAUCAUUACCUAAAUACCACAGGGGAAAACACCAACUUUACAUGCAUAAAUUGUGAACAAACAGAAUUUGAUGGGGUAUGCAUGUAUGCUUAGUGAAUAACAGAUGUGUGCAUUAAGCAUGUGUUAAGAGUCAAAUUAUUAAUACAGUACAUGAAAUAUUGUAGCCUUGGUAAUAUAUAAUGUAAUGCUUGUCAUCACUGCAGGUGAUUGGUAACCUAUAUUUAAAAUAUUAAGUUACAACUACACACACACUUCAUUUAAGUUGCUCAGAGCAAAACUAAAGGCAGAAACAUUUAAUUAUAGUGUAUUCAACGUCCUCCAGAACUAUGGCAAUAAUUUCACGUAUGUAAUUAUGACUAUGGCAUACUCCUCCUUUGUAUUACAGUGCAGGUAUCUUGUUUUAUUAAGGCUUCAGUUGCAGUUUGAGUGCAAAAUACACUGUACAGUUACUAAUAUAAAUGCAUAUUACCACUAUACUUUACGAUAUUUUGUCAUAUUUAGUAUUAAAUAGUAAAGUAUUAUUUACUUUAUUUUGUCAUACGUAACUUGUGUUAUUCCUUGGUGGGAAAAUUUAAUGUUAACAUUAGGUCAAUUGUGGAAUAAAUUAAUGCCAAUAAUGUCCUUGGUUCCUUGGAUAUUAUUUAAUUUGUAUAACAAUCACAAACUACAUCCUACCUUAUGUAUUGUUACUUAUUACAAUACAAUUUAUAAAAUGUUAUUCCAUUAAGUCAAACUAAAAAUUUAAUAAAUAAUCAGGCAGUGAUAAUACCUAACCCCUUCAGUCUUUCUUAGGCUACAAGUGAAACUAAUCCUUAGAACUGACAUACUGUACAUACUGUAUUUACUUGUACAGUAUUAACAGUUAAGAAUUAUGGAUUGUUAUAUAUAAAUAUUCUAAAUAAUUCUAGGAAUAUAUUGAAGGAAAGCUUGGAAUGAACUGAACUAAAAAUGUUAUCCCACUUUACAAAAAUUAUUUGUUCUCGCUAGAGAUAAAAAUGUAGUCGGGUGCAAAUCGAUCUGGAUAAAGAGGUGGUGUUGGCUUAUAUUUCAAAUGUACCUUCUUGGCUGUAAGUAGGUGGAUUAUCUGAACCUGGAAGUGGGGGGGUGCAAGUUUCAAUUGUUACUAGAGUAUUCCAAACAUUAGUAACGUACAGGCAGAUCUCACUAAACAAAUGAGUCUCCUGAAAACUCUUAAAUUAUUAAAUAUUUGGGAAAUGAAACCCAUUUUUUCCAUCAAAUGCCAUGGUUAAAGCUUAAAUACGUACCAGACUCUGAAUUUUCUAUUGUUGAACAAUAAACCAUGGAAUUCUCAUAAUAAAGUAAUAAAAUGUCAAGUGUGUGUGUGCAUGUAAUAAUAGUGAGAUUCGACUAAUUGUAGUUCAGCUACAAAUAACCACAGGAGCUGCGUCCCUUGCCAGAAACACGUUAAAUGAACAGUCAAUUAAAAUGUUCAGGCUAGCCAGUCAUGCUAUCGAGCUAGACAGUCAAGCUACGUGGGCUAUCAGACUUGACGGACUACUAGGCAAUAUAAACAUGUUGCACAUUAAUAUCCUGUUUGAUUCCACCCACCCAAGUAUAUAUUGCCUGCCAUUGAAUAAUUUAUCACAAGCCUAAAAUUAAUGCACGAGUCACCAUACUUGUAAAUAUUUAAAUGAGUAAGGCAAAUACAGUAUUGGGAACAACCCAUUUCAAUUUAUCACACCAGUUUCCCCAAUCCCUCCCCACUUUGAUAAGGAAGAAUUCCCCGAGACCUGGAACUUCAAGAACAAGAAGUCAUAGAUUUAAACUAAUUAAAGCUGCCAAAGAAAUAAGAAAAUUCAAUUUCGCAGAGUGGUAGACGGUUGCAACAAGUUAGGCGAGGUGGUAGAGGCCAAAACCGUCGGUAAUUUAAGUGUUACAUGACAGAGUACUGGGAAGACGGGACUCCAGGAGCGUAGCUCUUGUCCUGUACCUACACUUCGUAAUUACCUAGGCUGAACAUGAUUCUCGCUUGUGGGUCACCGAGGACAAAUGACACCUGCCUCUCCACAACAGUGUCAUUGCCCCGGUAGCUCCCACAACUACAUGCCAGCACCUACAGCUUGACAACCAUUCUCUGACACACUAGAGGAAAUAUUUAGGGAUGACCAGCAAGAAGCACAAGUUGUUAAAGAUCAGAGUAGAUGAAAACUGGCACAGGCGGAUAACAAUAGUGGCGAGCUUGGAAUGAACUAACGUGCAAACAGGUUGCAGAUACUGUAGUUGUAAAAGUGAGGAGCCAUGUCACAGCCAAAAGCCACCAUAUAAUUGAAAGUGGUAAUUUUUUAAGAUUAAAAUAAUUGGAGUUUUAAAGUACUGAAUACAUUAAAAACAAAUAUUUGUUGUGUAAAAUUUGUUAAGUGAGGUUUGCCUGUAGUAGUAUCCAGUGAAUUACUGUACUAUCACCAAGAGAAAUGAAUAAUAUGUGCAACAAAUUCCUUAACUUCUAAUUUUUUUAGGCAAGUUAUUACAAAAGAGUUUCAAGAAUUGGGAAACAAAAGGAUACAAGAAAGGAUUGAAUGCCAUUUGAUAUUUUAGUAUGAUGUAUACAUGCUCUUAUGUCUUUUGUCAUACAAGAUUAUGAUUAUUUAUAAGUUACAUGAAUUUUGUAGUCAUUCCCACCUUAAACCUUCAUGUGUGUGUUGCUAGUUCACCCACAAGCUUAAAGUUUGGUUGAGGACACUAAUGUUAACAAUAUUAACAUUUUUAUCUACUCACACUCUAUUCACUUCAUCUUCAUUAAGAAGGUUAAGAAUUCCCCCAAAAGAACACUGUACUUUUCCAUGGUACAGAAAAAUGUGACUGCUAGAUUGCUUUUUUAAUACAAAUGAUAAAAAAUCCGACUGUAAAUUACAGUAUUUUAAUUACUUUUACAUACUCAUUUAAUAGAUGUUGGUAUAGUGUAAAAGUAUACAGCCCUGUAAAUACACAUGAUGAUGGUCUUCACAGGCAAAUAAUAAAAUCAUUGUGAUCUUGCAAACUCACUGAAGGAGAAUGUUAUUGUUGAUUUUGUGAAUAGUCUUCCCUAGAUGAUAUUAGCACAGAACUGCUUCCCUCACUACCUCAACUGGUAUUACUUCAUAUCAUUUUGAGAAAAUAGCAAUCUGUACCAUGUUGGCUGCAUCUACUGUACUCUGAUUCUGGAUAUUAACAAUUUUUAGAUACUUAUUUCUUGUAAACUUCUCUUGUUCUGUAAGCUUUUAUAGUAAAUAGGGUCAUUAAAAAAUUGAAAGUACUGUAAAUAUAUUUUUCUAGUGGAUAUUUGUUUCCAGGUCAUGUUUUUAUUUAAGAUAUCACUAUCCAAAGCACUGCAUUGUCUAGGCUUUCAAAUUAAUAGUUUACUAUAAUUUUCACAACAAUUUCCCAAUAUAGUAUUUCCCAAUAGUAUAUUGGGAAAUAUAGUAUAUAAUAGUAUAUAGUAUUAUAUAAUACAAUAUAGUAUUUCCCAAUAUAGUAUAUUUCCCAAUUUCAACAAUAUUCCCAAUAUCCCAUUUCUAUAUUUUUGUAAACACCCGGUAACUAUCACUGAAUUACUACCGUUAUGAUAUUAUAAACAUUAUUAUGAAAUUGAUUUGUGUGCAUGCUGGUUUUUCUCUGGGUUACUUUUGUUCUUAUACAUUAACUGCUGUACAGGGACACAAGUUCUCUAGUCACAUUACCAAGCCAAAAAAUUGAAGGAAGCAGUCACCUCUGCCUGUCUUGUUUGAGCUAUGUUGUAUGUUAAAUAUUAAUAUGCAAAAGUCACUGGAGUUGAAUUCUUAGUCCUAUUAAUUUCUUGUGUACAUAUGAAGUCCCCUACACUAAAGCCAGUAAAUCAUAAGUGAUGCUUAAUUUGUUAUUUGUUGCAGUUUGAAUAAUGCUGUAAGCUUUUAUUGGCACAAGCAUAAUCAUUUUUGUUUACUGUAACACCAAAAUGUUUUACAAAUUAUUUUGGCGUAUGUUUAAAUAUACUAAUCAUUGUGUUCUCCAUAAGACCACACUGAUAAACAUGCAUGACUAAGAAUUCAGCUGCUAGAACUGACAUAGAUUAAAAAACAUAUCGUGAAGUAAAAUGGGAAUUUGUUGUAAAAAUUGUUGAAUAUUUCCUGCAAGAUCACAAAGACAUGUGAUGAGUUGAUAUCUCAGUAGUAGUUAGUGUCAUGGCAAGAAAUGCCAAGCACCAUCUCAGACCUUAAAGCUUAAUGAUAUACUACAAGUAUUUUAGAUCACUAUUUAAUAGUCACAAGUCACUGAAAUGAGCAGUGUUGCAUAAACUAUGAAGUUUCUGAGUUACAUGAACUUGUAUUAUCCUAUUUUGGCCUGUAAUCCUCCAAGGUGUGAAAACUUCCUUGUUCCAGCAUUGAAAGGUAUACAUGCAGCACUGGCAAACUACAUAUCUAGCUUGGCUUGCAUCACAUAACCAUCUACUUGUGAAGGCCACCACUAGCUUCAGAAGGCAAUAUACCAGAACUGGAAAGCUCCCACACUUUGCUUGAGAAGGUGCUACACCUGAUUAAUACUGAGCACCUGGCUUAGAAAGGUCCCAUUCCACGACUUGGAUGGUUGCUGUCUUGUAUGUGGGCUAUAUAAACAAUAAAAGCCAACCAGUCCCAA